AUGGGUGGGUUCUUCUCUGCUCAGAGAAAGGGAAGAAAGUCUGCCCUGGUCGGGGCGCCGUGGGAGCUGGUUGGAGCGGACGACACGGAGUGUGUUGACUCCGGCGCGCCUUCUUCUUCCCAGUUUCAAUUGUUUGUUCGCAUUGAUGGGCAACUUAUAUCCGUUCAAGUAACUCGUGAAUCUACCGUUGAAUCGGCCAUAUAUUCAGCACUCUCGCAAGGCAAGUAUAUUCUUUUCAAGUUCGGGGCUCAUUGUUGGGAUGCGGUUAAACAAAGAAGAUUGCUCUUGGAAGAAUCACUUGAAGGUGUUGUCCCUGGUUCUACAAUUACAACAUUCGCUGUGAUUCAUGGUGGUGGCCCCGGAAAGCCCUAUCUUCAACAGGACUAUAUGUCCUUUUUGGACCGGAUGAAUGAACUGCCGUCCAAAAAUGAAUGGCUCGAGACAAAGGGAUUAACAUCUGUGUUAAGUAAGCUGGGGAGACAGACAUUUCAAAAACUGUUUGAAAUGAUAUCCUUGUAUCACACGGGGAACAAGUGUUUUGCUGGUAAAUUUGAUUGUAACAAUAUCAUAUACGUACCAUCGACAGAUACUUACAUGAUUGAUCCCUAUGUGCAUGCGCUUGUUGUGGAUUUCACCCCUAGUGGAUAUAAGGAGGACAUUAAAGCUUUGGGUAAAGUACUUGAAAAGGUGUGCAUGAUGAAACUGGAUUCUUCACAAGCAAAGAUAGCUUAUGUUGCCCAUUUGCUGAAAACUAUGAGGGAAAUGCCAUCAGGUGCAGAGUCAUCUCAAACAUUCAAGGCGUUCAUCAGAAAUCACCCCUGCAUGAUGUCAUCCGCCAGUCGACAAGGACUUAUAUCGGAAGUGCAUAGAUACAUCAAGUUUCAGUAUGAUGAUUCAAUGGAACCUGUUCUACAAUCUCCAUAUACCUGGGGUUGGAUCGCUGAAUGUGAUCGUGACUUCAAUCCGGUAUACUUCUAUAAGUGGUGGCUAUGGCCACUGAGGGGGACUUCAUAUCAUGAGAACGAAUGGUCAUGGUUUUCCUUUUGCCGGAAUUUCCUUUCACAUCCUAUGCAAAAGAUGACCAUACAAGAUGCAGAUAUUGCCAUAUGGUGGUACUUUGAUGAGCAUUUAGCAGACUUCUUGUGCCGCCUUUCCUGCACACAUGAGUUUACAGUUAACAUCUUCGAUAAAGAUAGUUUUUGCACGCACCCUGCAAAGUGGGAAAGGUACCCGUACAUAUUAUACUAUGAAUCAGUCCCAAACCUAGAGUAUUCUACAGAAGAGUCGGAGUACGAGGAAGAAGAGUCGGAGUAUGGUGAAGAAGUGCCAAAUCAUUCUGAAGAAAAGCCAUCACCCAGCGAGAUUGGGCGGCCUGGGAUCGGAAAACGCAUCUUCAUAUGAUGUUAGUAGAAAAGGAAGUAAGCAUAAUGAUGGUCGGCUAUUCUGCUCAGUUGACCGACAUCCAAAGGAAUGGCCGACUCGUCUAUGCUCGCCACCUGCUGCCAUCGAGCAGCCCAAACAUAUUUUUCAUUUGUCUUGUGUUUGCCCUUGUGGACACAAUUAAUAUAACGAUU